CCUGUUUGGGGUUUCAUUUCUAUCUGCUGCAAUUGUCAUGACUACCUUUGGGUUUCAAUCAUGUGAUUGUGAUGGAGUUACCUGCAGUUUGAUCCUAAAGGCAACUGGACCCAGUUUAUGUGGCUUUGCAUUGGUAUUGAUCCUGCUUUCAAGAUCAAGAAGUCUGAUUAAUUUGACGCAGCUGGAAUAUUCAGCUGACCAACGGUGCUAUCACUCUUGCAGUGAACAGAACUCUUUUGCCCAUUUCCUCAUCUUUGGUGUCCUGUUUUGUUUUAGUGGAAUGCUGCUCACCACAAUUGGAGUUUGGGCUGUCACCUGCCCUGGGACCAUGGAUGGUCAAGGUUUCAAUUUAACAAUUAAAGUUAAUGAAAAUGAGAAAUGUAAACUGCUGUUCUUGCAAAUCAUGGGCCCAGCAGUAACAUUUGUUGGUAUUUGCUUCUUGUUAAUGGCUCACGUCAAAAGGAAGGUAGUAUUGCGUCCAGAUGAAGAAAAUACAUCUACAAAUGAUCAACAACCUUGCAUGCCAGGACCAUGUCAAAUUGCAACAGAUAGCUCUGGGUUGGUUCUUCCACUACCACCACCUUACUUCCCUGAACCACCACCAAUGGUAAAUGAUUCCUGUGAAGUCAAUCAUCCUACCCCCAGCGAUGAUCCUCCUCCUUAUUACAGUGUCGUCUUCCGCAGAGCAGAAGAAAAUCAAGAUGAUUUACAAGACACAUUAAGAGUUGAUGAAGUUCCUGACAGCAUUCCACCACCUUCAUAUGAUGAAAUCUUCCCUGUGGAAAGCGAGGAUACUUCUGGACAUUAGCUUCACCAUGUUUCUUAAGCCACAAUAACAGGAUUUGAAUAUGGCCGUGGUUAUUUUUCACACACUCUAUUAUACAUCUUUACAUUCAGUAUUGUUCAGUGUUUCUUACAAGGUGCCAAGAGAAGUGAUUUGUUUAUAGCAUAGAGAGAAGUGGAAAGGAUUCCUUGUGAGCUGUUUUAUUCUGGGGUAACUUCUCACACCUUGAUUAAUUGCUUAUUGCAGAAAAUAACAAAUCACAAUGCCAGAUGUGCACCAUUUCCGAAGUAAUUUGAAUUCAUUUGUUUGAAUGAAAGAUAAACAGCCUAUCAGAGUCCAGCUAUAAUAAUACUGCUUUCAGAUUGCUCAAGUGCACCCAGGAUGAUGAAUAACUAACAUAAAAGGAGCAUUUUGUUCAAUAAAUUAUCAAGAACAUGAAAUAAGUCAAAAUCAUCACUGAAGAUGUUAUGAAUUGGAGCAAAAAAAUACAGAUACUGGAAAUCCAAAACAACAACAAAAAAUGAUGGAAGUACUCAGCAAAUCAAGCAGCACCACAGGAAGGAAAAGGCUAGCAAAAAGCUGGUAGGCAGGUACAGCAUCAAUGUCUGAAAGCUAACAUCACCCAUUUUCAUACCCCUCCCCUUCCUGGUUCCAUCCAUUUACUACCCACUCACUUCCCCCUCCGUAUCCUCCCCCAUUUGUCCUUCACCUCUCCCCUAAUGGCUCCCAUUAUCACCUUCCUUACUUGUCAGAUUCCAGCACUUAUCUGCACUUAGCUUAUGUGUCCACACUUAUCACCCUCCAGCCUCCGUCCUCACCUUCACCCUUCCCUCCCCUAGCUCCAUCUGCCUCUUUUAUUGCCUUGUCUACUUCCACCUAUCAUCCACCUGCCUCUGUCUCCCAUCUCCAACCCUCUACCGCCCCACCUGGCUCCUUCUGCCCAUCAUCCACCCUUCCCCAGUCUGCCCAUCACCUACCAGUCCCCGUCUCACCCCUCCCUCUCCUUUUUAUACUGCCUAUCUUCCCUAUCCACUCUCAGUCCUGAUGCAGGGCUUUGACCCGAAAUGUCAAUAAUUCCUUCCCCUUCACCCCCCCCCCCCGCCCUCCCAAUAGAUGCUGCUUGACCCGCUGAAUUCCCCCAGUUUGUUUUUUGCUCCAGGUUCCAGCAUCUGCAGUCUCUUGUGUCAACAGAAUGUUACUGUUUAUUGAACAUACUGAGACCAUGUCUGGAGUACUGUAUACAGAAUUAGUCUCCUUAUUUAAGGAAGGGGAUGUUAAUGCAUUGAAAACAGAUCAGACAGGGUUUACUAGUCAAAUACCUUGACUAGAUGGAUUGUCGGAUGAAGAAAGAUUGGACAAGCUGGGCUUGUAUCCACUGGAGUUUAGAAAAGCGAGAGGAAAUUAUCCUUGAUCUUGAAAGGUCCUGACAGGGUGAAUGGGAACAGAAUGUUAUCUCUUGUGGGUGAAUCUAAAACUAGGGCUGACUGAUUAAGAAUAAUGUGUCGCAGAGAUAAGGUGAUUUUUGUUUCUGUCAGAGAGUCAUAAGUCUUUGCAACUCUUUUCCUCUGAGGAUGGUGCAUAUUUUUAUGGCAGAGGUAAUUAGACACCUGAUAAGCAAGGGAUGUAACAUUACCACUGGUAGGUGGGAAAUUGGAGUUGGAAAGACUAGCAAGGGCAAAAGUGGAUCCUUGGAGACAGAGAUGGGAAAAUUUAUAGUGGGGAGUAGGGAAAUGGCAGAGCAACUAAAUGACUUCUUUGUGCCUAUCUUAAUGGAAAAGAGUACCAAACACCUGCCAAAAAUUGCACAGAACCCAGGAUUUAGUGAGCAUGAGGAAUAUAAAUAAAUAAAUAUUAAUUUAAAAAGUAGUAGAGAAGCUGAUGAGACUAAAAGCCAAUAGAUCACAAUAUCCCGAUGAUCAACUUCCCAGAGCACAGAAAGAGGAGGCAAUAUAGAUAGUGAAGACUCUAGUUAUCACCUUCUAAAAUUUUAUGGAUUUUGGAACUGUUCAUGUGGAUCAGAGGAGUGGCUCCAUUAGUUUAGGAAGGAGGGAGAAUGAAAACAAAGUAUUACUGACCUGUUAGCCUAACAUCAGUAUUUGGGAAAUGCUGGAAUAUAUGAUAUCAAGACAAUUAGAAAAUGUUAUGAUUGAGCAGAGUCAACAUGGAUCAAUGGAAAAGGAAAUCAUGUUCAACUAAUUGACUGGAAUUCUUUGAGGAUGUGAUCUGUAGAAUAGCUAAAGGAUGAACAGAGAUUCAUAGAAGGCUUUUGAUAAGGUGCCACACAGGAUGUUGGUCAAGAAGGUUAGAACACACAGAAUUGGGGUAGUAUACUUACAAAGAUUGAGAAUAGGUUAUCAGAAAGAAAGCAAAGAGCAAGAAUAAACAAAUCUUUCUCAGGAAGGUAGAUUAUGGCCAGUGGGGUACAACAGGGAUUGGUCCUUGGACCUCAGCUACUCAUGAUCUAUAUCUGAGAGGGGAGUUGGUGGUGGGGAUGAAUGAGCAGACUGCGGAGUCAUGGAGAGAAUGGUCCUUUCAGAAUACUGAAAGGGGAGGGGAGAUGAAGUUAUGUCUGAUGGCAGAAUCCCAUUGGAAAUGGUGGAAAUUUCAGAGGAUAAUCCAUUGAAUAUGGAGGUUUCAGUUCUUCCAUCUUCAUCAAUGACUCCUCUUCCCAUGGCACUUUUCCAAGCAACCACAGGAGAUGCAACACUUGCCUUUUCAUCUCUUCCCUCCUCAUUAUCCAGGAACCCAAAUAGUUCUUUCACAUGAAGCAGCAAUUCACUUGCAUUUCUUCCAAUCUAGUCUAUUUCACGUGAAUGCUUGUUGAGUGAAAGGUGAGGACAAGGGGAACCCUAUCUUUCUUCAGGCAGGGGAAGGGAGAGUGAGAGCAGAAGUUCAGGGAAUAGAAAAAAAUGUGACUAGGAACCCCAAUUAACUAGAUAGAGGGGAAGCCAAGGCUAAGGAAAAUGGAAGACUCCUUAAAUGUACUGGUGUGGAAAGUCAUCAUCCAAGCAGAUAUGAUGAAGUUGGAGAAACUAGGAGAAUGGAAUGGAGUCCUAACAGGAAGCAAGGUGGAAUGAGGUAUAGUUGAGAGAGCAAUUGGGCCAAUUGACUUGUAAUGGAUAUUGAUAGCUAAUUUAUUCCUCAAAAUGGAGAUAGAGAUAUCAAGGAAAGAAUUAGACAUGGACCUUGUAAAAGUGAGUGAAGAAAGGAAAUUGGCAGCAAAAAUAAUAAGUGCAGGAAGCAGCAUCAAUACUGUCAUCAGUGUCUCAAUCGCACUCCACCUUCAGCCUCCCAGGUUUCUCCAAUAAUGCUCAAGGAAAGCUUAAGGAGGAUAUUUUAAUUUGUUUAGAAUAAUCUUAAACUCUGCAAUAACAGAGUGCAAACAAUUCAAUAGGGUUGUGGAGUGAGAGGUGGAAGGAUACACUAGGAUACAUAGUUUUUGUGAUGACAUUAAGGCAAAGAGUAAUAUAAAUAGGAAUAAAAGCAAUUUGGAGAGAGGGGGAGAGCGAGAGAGAGAGCGAGCGAGAGAGACUGACUAACUGUGGUAUUUUUCAAAAAUUGUGAGAAUGCACUGCAAUGCCUCUUCUGAAUUUGCAUGUUUCUGUGUUCCUCAUUUACAAAGACCAGCAGAUGAAGCUGUCGCUCCAUUCCGACCCUGUAUAGAGACUGGAGUAGCUUGAUUACUGAGUUAGCCUGGCUAAGAAAAGGACCAAAUGAUGAAUUCAAGAAGAUGGAGAAGGCUUGUGAUAUCCAAUAGUUACGAUAGCAUUUUAAGUAAACUGAAGCUUAUUGCAAUGGCAUUUUUGAUUGCAGUAGUUUGGGUUCAUUUGACUAUUAGGGAACAAUUUACACUCAAAAUUACGUGGUUUUUUGGAAUUGAAAUGACAUUUCAAAUUUCCUUAAUAACUCAUUUGCAUAUAUAGAACACUGAAUUGGUAACACAAAGCCUCUAAUGAAUUUGCUGGAGCCCUAUUAUCAUUGUGAUUGAGUUGAACUGAUUUUAUCGGAAUGAUCGAUCUGAAUUGUGUCUAAGUGAGCAGGAUAAAACUAUAAAAACUAGAGGAAGUUAGAAGACUCACGUUGCAAUUAGUGGCUACCUCCUUGGCCACUCCUGAAAGGAUCAUAUAAGUUCCAGGGAGUGAGAAUAUACUUGGAAAAUUCAUUUUUAUAAUUAAACAUGCAUUCUAUGACUGUCAGUUUUGUUCUUUUUAAUUGCUAUUGUUCUGAUCCUGUUCCAGAGAGCAGAAUCAGAAUCAGGUUUAUCAUCAUUAUCUUAUAUGGCAUGAAAUUUGUUGUUUUGCAGCAGCAGUACAGUGAAAAGACAUAAACAUUACUAUAAAUUACAAAAUAUAUGGCUGAAGAGUAGGUGCAUGGGCCAGGGUUUCAGAUUUGUGGAUCACUGGGAUCUCUUCUGGGGAAGGUAUGACCUGUACAAAAGGGCCAGGUUACACCUGAACUCGAGAGGGACCGAUGUCCUUGUGGGCAGGUUUGCUACAGCUGUUGGGCAGGGUUUAAACUAGGUUGACAGGGGGAUGGGAACCGGAGUGUUCAGUCAGAUGAUGGAGCAGUUGGUGUAAAGGUAGGUGCAAAGUGCAGAGAGACUGUGAGGAAGGAUAGGCAGUGGAUAGAGCAUAAACACAGUCAGUUGGAUGGGUUGAAAUGUGCUUACUUUAAUGCAAGAAUUAUUAAGAAUAAGGAUGAUGAACUUAGAGCAUGGACCAGUACAUGGAAUUACAAUGUUGCGGCCAUUACAGAGACUUGGCUGUCACAAGGGCAGGAUUGG